GCUAGUCCGCGAGGGGAGCUGAUUUGUGCACACUAUGACUUUGAUGAAUUCAUGUUCAAUAAUGAUGAUGUUGUGCUCAGAAGUAUUGCUGAAGAUCUUCGGAAUUGCUUACCCAUUGAGGCAAUGCUUAAUUCGGAGCAUCUAGCGAUUCAAAAAGUACGUGAGCAGUCUGAGCCAACAGUUCAUGUCGAUGCAUUCCUUUAUGAUGAUGACAUUAUAGAUUCAUUGUGUGAGAAAGGGAAAAUGAGUAGAAACUACUGUGUAUCAUGUGGAUCAUACAAGACUGCAUCUUUAGAGUUUAUUUCUCAUUCCUUUUCCCUCAUGGAACUGAAGUUUCUUUAUCAGUAUGCAUUGCCAGACCUGACAGGAAAGAUUCUGGUUGACGUUGGCUCCAGGCUUGGUGCAGUGCUAUUUGGGGGCUAUCUUUACAGCUCAGCAUCCCAGCUAUAUGGAGUAGAAAUGAAUGCAGACUUUUGCCAGUUGCAAGAAAUGAUUAUAGCAAAAUACCAAUUUACAGACAGAGUAAAGGUGCUUCAUUCUGACAUCUGUAUUCAAGCUUCACUCCUUCAAAAUGCUGAUGUUGUUGUAAUGAAUAAUGUCUUUGAAUAUUUUCUUGACAGACUGGAACAGGCCAGAGCUUGGGAAUUUAUCAGUCAAAAUAUAAGGAAAAAAGGGUCAUUAUUAGUAACAGUCCCAAGCCUUGAAGAAUCUAUCUCAAACCUACAGACGGAUAUACUGCUCAGCCAGUGGGUAGAAGAGAUGAAGCUGGACUAUGAUGUAUAUCUGGAAAAGGACAUUGAUAGAGAAGCGCUUGAACAAAUUCAUUUGUACAAGAUUCUCUAGCAUACAGCCAGUGUUGAUGAUAAUAGUAUAAAAUUGACUUCAGAAAGAGUUGUAUGAAAAGACUCUAGGAUUAAGACCUAUUUCUAGAAUAAAUCAUAUGAAAAAGUUAACGAUUUAUAUUAGAAAUUAUACAUAUUCUCACUAAUGAAGUGGGCUUUUGAAAACAUAUUUUGAGAUGUUAAAUUUCUUACAUUAAAGUUCUCUCAGCUGCAGGUAAUGGGCUUGGGGGUGGGUGGCAGGAGACUUCCUGUAGUCUGGCAAAUUCUCUCAUUUGAGACUGGUCAGGUUCUAAUGGUGCCAAACCAGGGAGGGUCAAUCUUGGCACCAUUGGAAUCUGUCCAGUCCCAAAGGAGAGAAUUUGCCGGGCUAGGGGAGGUUUUCCCCCAAUCCUAUCACCUGCAGCUGGCAGGCUGCCCCAGCAAACAGCCUGUCUUGUUCCCCUCCUUCCCCCAACCUGACUGGGCAGUUUACCCAGGUAUUGCCAGCACUUUGAGAGCUAUAGGCUGUGGCUCCUGCCGUGAGGCUUCAGCCCUGUGCUCAAGGGGGCUGCUGCUGGGCUCUAUCCCCACCCCUGCGCUCCAAUUCUAGCUCCACACUGCUGCAGGAUUUUGGCCUCUGCCCCACGCUGACCCGAGCUGCCAUGGGAUUCCGGCCCUGUGGUGAUGCAAGGCAGUUAGAGGCAGCUGCAGGGCUCCAGCCCUGAUCCUGCGCUGCCCCCAGCUGAGCUGCUGAUCCUGUUAUCCCAGCUGAUCCUGUCCUUAGGCUCCAGGCUCUCUGAUCCAGGAGCAUCUGUGCUUCUUCUGAACCAUGGAUGUUGCUGGACCAUAGAGAGCUAGUUUAUGGAGGUACAACCUGUACAGUACAUUUUAGCCAGUAGGUAUCUCUGUGGCUCCACUCUGCAUGGAAAUGUUUUUAAAGAAUAGCAGUCAACUAACACCAGAAGAUUCAGAGGAGUAGCUGUGUUAGUCUGUAACUGGAAAAAAUUAAAAAACAACAAAUAGUCUUGCUGGAACUUAGAGACUAACAAAAAAUGUAGAUGAUAUCAUGAGCUUUCGUGGCACAACCCAUUUCCUCCGUUCAUCUGCAGAAGUGGGUUGUGCUCACGAAAGCUCAUGAUACUAUCUACAUUUUUUGUAAGGUUUGCCGCACCUUAGAGACUAUUCGUUGUUUUUUAAGUUUAACACCAGAAGAGUCUGUUAUGCACAACCCUCCCAAAGUUUUUUAAAAGUGAUAUUAACAUAAGAAUAGUGACCCACUAUUAAAUCUGAAUAGUAUUCAUGUAUUCAACACAGCUCUGUUGAAAAGCUUUACUAUAUAAUGUUGGGUUUUUAAUACUGACAGAUUUACAACACUGCUAUUAAUAUUCUACCUAUGGAAUUUCUGAUUAUUUUUAAGGUCUGCCCAGUAACUACAGAGCUUAUUGCUAUUAGUAUAGAAAGGACCACUGUCCCAGUUUAGAGUAGCAUUGUGACAGUAAUGAUCUUCCCCUUCUAUUCAGUUCUCCAGUUCACUGUUGAUGUCAAUUACUUAGGAAUAAAGAAGAAUCAUUCAGAAUUAUUGGUCUAAAUAUAGGAUAAUGAAAAUCUGCUUUGUUGUCUUAGUUUUUAUGCAUUUCGUAAGUGUUUAAGAAACUAAAUAUUCUGAGCAGGAGUUAUGGCCUAGCACAAGUGUGGUCAAUUUUGGAUGGGGGUCCUCUCCAAGAAUUUGUUAAGUGGUUGGAGCCACACUUUUCUAUGAUAUUAAUGGAGGGGGUUUAGGUUCUCGGAUGAAGUCUGGGUACAGGAGGAAGUGGUAGGUAAGGGAUUGAGGUGCAGAAGGGGGUGCAGGGCCUGGGAGGGAAUUUGGAUGGAGGAAGAGGUUGAACUUGUGACCUGAAGCAAGGGUGCAGAGGGUUUGGGUACACGAGGGGGUUGUGACCUGGGGCGGGGGGUUACUGUAUGGGAGGGGUUGGUGUACAAAGUGCAGACUCUGGUCAGGAGGCGCUGACCCUCAGACAGGCUCCCUGACUGCUGUGAUUCUACAUACUGCUCAAAGUAGCCAGCUGUUGAGUCCAUUGUGUGUUUUUUUGGAUGGUGUGCCCCUUGGGGGAAGGUGGUAGUGGGUCUCUACGUGCUGCAUACACCCGCAAGCAUCACACCUGCAGCUCCCAUUGACCGAUUUGCAGCCAGUGGGAGGCUGUGAGGACAGUGUGAGGGUGGGGGCAGGAUGUAGACAGGUUGUCGACUCCCCCCUCCCUUUACCCAAGGGGCAGGCAUUGCACAAAGAUGCAUGCUGGCCCCACUAGUGGGCAACUUUGAGCAGCAUGUGGAGCAGUAGCAGCCAGGGAACCUGCCUGCCUGAGAGGCCUACUGGCCUGCGGGCUGGAUCCAAGGCUAUGUCUAGACUACGGGGAAGAUUUGAAAGAGGAUAUGCAAAUUCCGGCAGAGCUUUCGAAAGUGAAAGUAGUCUAGACGUGGGGGGUUUUCCGGAAAAUCCCCCCACCCCUUUUCGAAAAGCCGCAUAAACCUCAUUUUUUGAGGAAAAGCAGCUUUUCAGAAAAGGCGGGGGGUUGCAAAAAAAUUGCGUCUAGACUACUUUCACUUUCGAAAGCUCCGCUUUCAAAGGUGAGAUUGGAAGAAGAUAUGCAAAUUCCUCUUUUGAAUCUUCCCCAUAGUCUUGACAAGCCCCAAAUGUUUGGCAAGCCAGAUCUGGGCUUGUCUGCCCGUGGCCAAGCAUAAUCUUUGGUGAUGGUGUAAAACAUUGGGUACACACAAUAACAGAACUGCUCUAACCCCCUUCAUAAAGAAUAAAAAGACUUGCACACAUGCUUAUAUUUAGAUUCUGUUCCAACUAUACAAAAUUUUCAGUUUGUUGAAAAUGUUUUUCAGCUUUAGACAACGCUGACAAUCAAUAUGUUUUGCAUUUAACUGCAGGAAUUUUUGACUAAGUGUAGUGCCAAUUGGAAGCAAUGUUACUGUAUGUCUAAAAGUUUUCUACACAAUUUAUGUCCUGUUCAAAUGGAAAAACAUAUUGGAUACACUUUUUAUUUUUCUAAUAGUUUUCAGAGCAGCAAAGUAUAUCUGUAAAUGUUGUAAUAAUAUAUAUGGAGACAAAAAGAUGUAAUUGAUAAUUUGGGCCGUCAUAGAACACCAAAUAAAUGGAUCUUUAUUACAUGGGUAGAGUGUUAUUUUUGAGACCAAGAAGUCAGCCCUUUUCUCAUUUCAUUUUGUUUUGGGAAGUUAUAACUUGACUUUUGUUGAGCCUGUAUCCAGAGACUCUGGUGGAUGUAUUUUUCACUUACUACAUAUUUUAGAGAGUUUGUCUCUGUUUGAUCAAGAACUCCUCCUAAAUGGUAAAGAGUUAGUACCACCA